AUCGAGAGUGUUCGGCCGACAGUACUGUUGGCAGGGACAAAAAUGUACAGGAUAGUGUUGCAUUUUGACGAGAGCGGCUGAGUCGGCUCACACCCCGACUAGUUGACUGGAUUGGAAACAUGGCUGCGGCCGAACGUGCAGCAAAUUUACGGAAGUGAGGUGCCCACAUUCUGCUGCAAAGGAGCGAGCACCAGGAUGAGGAGGCUGUAGGCACCCACCGUAGUAUGGCCGCGUCUCGUUCCUCGCGUGUCACAAGGUCAUCAGUUGGGCUCAAUGGAUUGGAUGAGAACUUUUGUGGUCGAACCCUCAGAAACCGCAGCAUUGCCCAGCCAGAAGAAACGUCAGUGUCUCCACUACCUAGGGCCCGCUCACCCAAGAAAAAGCAGGAGGCAAAGCAAGAGUCAAAGCACGACGCAAAGAGGGAGGCAAAGCAAGAGUCGAAGCAGGACACCAAGCAGGAAGGGAAGCAGGACACCAGCAGAGACUGCAAGGAGGAGUCAAAGCAGGCCACGAAGCAGGGGUCGAAGCAGGACUCAAAACGGGAGUCAAAGCAGGACACCAAGCAGGAAUCCAACGAAGACUCUAAGCAGGAGUCCAACAAAGACUUUAAGCAGGAGUCCAACAAACUCUAUAAGCAGGAGUCCAACAAAGACUUUAAGCAGGAGUCCAGCCAAGACUCUAAGCAAGAGUCCAACAAAGACUUUAAGCAGGAGUCCAGCCAAGACUCUAAGCAGGAGUCCAACAAAGACUCUAAGCAGGAGUCCAAUGAAGAAUCUAAGCAAGAUGUCAAACAGGAUACAAAGCAGGAUACAAAGCAGGACACUCACUUGCAUGAUAGCCAACAACAGUCCCUGUUGCAGAGAAACGUAACUGGCACCAGUGCUUCUCAAGCUGAGGCUGAUCAAUGGACCAGCUCUAGGAAGAGGAGUGUGUCCUGUUUAGAAAAAGACAUUAGCCCCAAGAAUUCCGAGAACUGUGACACAGGAGAAGCACUGCAGGACGUCUCUCCUCAAAUCAAAAGGGCCAAACGGCGCGCCCGCUCUGGAGAGUCUCAGGGACAAGAGGAAGACCAGGGGCUGCUGAAACAUGAAAGUCCGGUCUUCGUCCCAGAGUCUAGUAAGAAUAACAUGUGUGAAGACUUGCUCAGCCAAAACUCUGCUAACACAGCACCUGCCUCUCCUGUCCUCAGUAAGCAGGAAGGUGAGCUGAUAGGUGAGGGGGCAGAGGAUGGUCUGGUGGAGUGUGAUGGGACAGUUUCACCCCAUUAUGUUCAUAAAGCCUCUAAUGGACUUAAAGAAAAUAAAGCAGAGGAAUCUAGUACACUCACUGAACAGUCUAGUACAAAUCCCUUCUCAAGUUAUCCAUCGCUGCUGAACGGCAGUCAGAUGGGGGCUUCUUCAUCCCCUGACCCCUGUGUGCCUUUUAGAAACUCUGUCCCUGGGCAGAUGGAGGUCUGUGGCUCAGGGGAAUCUCAAGUCUCCGCUGCUCUAACAUUUGAGGGUGCUCCAGAGGACACUGUUCCUGAGUUGAUAGUGGCAAAAGAGCAGGAGGUGGAGGAAAUGGAGGUUGAUGUGGUAGGUGACCCUCUGUGUCUGGCCCAUGAGGAGCAGGUGACAGAGAGCGAGAGCGACAAUGGCCGGUUGCCAUCACCGGUGCAGGAACUGGCCGCCUCCACCUCUUCUACUGCUAUGAAUAUGAACUGUUCUAUCAACAAUAGCAACUCAGGAGAAACUACACCCCCACUAACAACACCCCCCUCCCCCACAGAGCCAGGUUGUAACCCCUCGAUGCCCAGCAUGUCCCAUUCUUUCACGGAGUUCUAUGAACACAGAUACACCUUGCGGACUUCGCCCAGGAGAGUUGCGUCUGGUGGAAAAAUGUCCCCCUCCAAACCCAGCUCUCCUCCCACAGAUAAUGGUCCCUUGAGGGAAGAAGGGGAGGUGGAGGAGGACUGCCCCAUGUUUGAAGAACCCGCUUGCUCGAACUCAGUUGGAUUCUCCAGUGAGGAGCCAGCCUCUGAGAAUCCUGGCGACAGGGCAGGUGAUAAGGAUGGUGGCUUUGUGCAGGGCAGAGACACUGAGAGCUGCAACGAGCUAACUCAGAGCCACACAGCGGAGGAGGAGGAGGAGGAGGAAGAGGAGCCAGACGUGUAUUACUUUGAGUCAGACCACCUGGCUCUUAAACACAACAAAGAUUACCAGAGACUGCUGCAGACCAUUGGAGUUCUUGAAGCCCAGCGCACACAGGCCAUCCUUGACCUGGAGACAUUGGCACGUCACCAGAAAGAGGCACUUGCAGAUCCCAUCAGCUUUGUGGAGCAGCUGCAGAAACGGGUAAAUUUGGGCUUGCCGUGUCCUCAGCGUGUCGUUCAGCUCCCUGACAUCAGCUGGGAGCAGUACACUUCAGGCCUGAGUGAUUUUGAGAGAGAGUUUUGUGACAAGAAACGAAAAACCAGGCAGCUGAAGUUGAUCUUUGACAAAGGUUUGCCUCUUCGACCAAAAAGUCCUGUUGAACCCAAGAAGGAAGGGGAAUGUUCUACCAUGUACUCCUCUCUACCCAUGAGUGAUGCCCCAGAGAACGGCAGGCAGACCCAGAUGAUCAGGGGGAGGAUUUGUCAUCCAAAUAAGCCUGACACAUUUAACCAGCUGUGGACUGUGGAAGAACAGAAAAAACUGGAGCAGCUUCUUGUGAAGUUCCCUCCAGAGGAAGUGGAGUCCAGAAGAUGGCAGAAGAUUGCUGAUGAGCUUGGCAAUCGGACAGCCAAACAGGUUGCCAGUAGAGUUCAAAAGUACUUCAUCAAACUGACAAAAGCUGGCAUCCCUGUGCCUGGAAGAACACCCAAUCUGUGCAUGUACACUAAAAAGGCAUCUAGUAAGAGACAGCACCACCUUAACAAGCACCUGUACCGACCAUCCACCUUCCUGACCUCCUAUGAGCCUCCGGUCUACAUGGACGAGGAAGAUGAGCGCUCACAUUUUUACAACAGCAUGCAGGAUCCUUCCGCUGAUGAUUCGGAAGAAGAGAGUGUUCCUCUGGAGCUGCAAAACUUACCAGAGUAUAAAGAGCUUUUAGAGCUGAAGCGGCUGAAAAAACAGAAGCUCCAGGAGAUCCGGGAGGAUAAGGCUGGUGUGCAGCACAUAGGCUUCAAGUGUGACGUAUGCGGGAUGGAGCCCAUACAGGGAGCACGGUGGCACUGUCAGGAUUGUCCGCCAGGAAAUUCAGUUGAUUUCUGCUCCAACUGUUCUGACUGUUUAUUCAAGACGGAGACCCACAAGCCGAACCACCACCUGGAACCGGUCUACCAAGCUGAAACAUUUUUGGACAGAGACUACUGCCUGCCACAGAACACAGGCUACAACUACCUGGACCCUAACUACUUCCCAGCCAACAGAUGACAGGGUCCCAGGCACCUCUAGCUCCAGGCUCUCUCCACAUAUCCCACAGGCCACUCUGUGCAUGGCUCCAUCCUCCAAGUCCAAGAUAACUGCUUAGCUCGCCACUAGGCAGGAGGGCCAGCAGGCAGGCAGACAGCCAGAGGCCUCAGAGCAGACCACCAGUGCUGAUGGUGGGUGGACUAUUGGUUACUGACCUCCCUGACUUUAGCAAAGGCACCCAUGUUGGCUCCUUAGAAAAAAAAAAAAAAGGGGGGAAGGCCUGCUCCGCCUCAUCCAGGUUAUUCAACGGAUCUGUGAUUUGAAAUGAUACAUUAUUUUUAAAAAGAAACAAAAAAAAAUGAAGGCACACAACAUUCCCGAGCUCUGUGACUCCAGGAGGGCUGUCCCUGUUUCUCCUCUUCUCCUUACUCCCUUCUCGCCUCCAGUAACCCCCCUGUGCUGCUUCAAGACCGGAGGAUCGAUGAUUAUUCUGGUGAAACGCCACCUAAUAGAGAAAUGGUCGACCAUCGUGUCAUAGUGGACUGUCAAGUCAUCAACUGAUGCACAUAGGUGGUUUGUAUGUGUGUAUGUGCUCUAAAAUGUUUUAGCUAGGUAUUCAUAGAUGAAGUAUUUAUGAGUCACGGGGUGUUGUGGAAGAAAUAAGCAGAUGCUGUUCCUGGUUGCAGACUGCAGGAAGUUCUGCUGAUCCACACAGUGUUCUGCAGACUUGUAUGUGUUAUAUGGAUUGUGCACCAUGUUUGAGCAUGGAGCCAUCUCUACCGUUCACAACGCUGCUCUCUACCACCUCACCUUUCAAAUGCACACAGACACACUUUCAUCUGUUCUUUUUGCUCUCUCCACUAAAACAUGUCUAACAAUAAAGCACUACAACACAGAGAGCGAGCUUCUUUUAUCUUAAAGGCAGGCGAAUGAAAACAUGGAGAAGAAAAACCCACAAAGCUGUUUUUUUGUUUUCCUUCUUUUCUCCCCUCGUGUGAGCCGUUGUUGAUCAUGUUGACUGUUCCAGUAUAUGGUAAAAAGUGAAAAGUAGCCACUGCUAGUUGCUGUGUGCCAUUUUUAAAAACAAAACAAAAAAACUUUUUUUCUUUCUUUUUGUUUGUUUCUUUUUUGUUGGUAAGGCCAAUGGAUCUCUCAUCCGGGCUGUUUUUCCCUGCGUGGCUCCAUCGAUUUACUCUGUCCUGCGUUAUUGAUCCUCUCAUUAUGCCUCUAGAUCUUUAAUUUUGCAGCCCACUUUAAAGGUCCAUUUAAAAGAUUGUAUUUUUAUUAAUCUAUUUAAAAAAACAAACAAACAAAAGAAUAAUUGAGGUAGUGGUUGGUGCCUCCACUGUGGAACGACCCACACAGUUUUAUACACAUAGAUUUUGUUGUGCUUGAGUAGACAACAUUUUGUAUGGUUUCUGUCUCCUUCCCUCACCCAUUUGCCCGGCUUCAAUAUCUGUGUAUAACAGUCUGUUCUUAUGUAAAAAAAAAUAAUGUAAAAAAAAAAAAAUGCUAGAGGAGAACUGUGGAAAUAAAAGUAUGUGAAAACAGUGUUUCUACA